UGGCCACAUGCGUACAGUCCCUGGCUCUAUCCAGAUCUUCAGCAGACUGACUCGCUCCAGCAUAGCGAGGGGACAAGGGCGAAGGAAUGCAAAUGCUCGGUUGAAUUGAGACGCGCCCCUCACUAUGGUCGCUCAAGCCCCUCCUUUAACUGGAGUUGAGUCUAUAGCCACCUCCCUGCUGUCAAAGGCUGCAGGAAAACUGCUGGGAAACACUUUUUCGCUGCGUGUUUUUGAGGAAUCUGUGGUGUGAGCUGUUAGAUUGGGUUUCAGGAUGCACGCGGACACAGUGGAGAAAUCCGCCUCACCGAGGAAACGGAUCGUCUCGCGCGCGAUGAGCGAGGAAGAGUCGCUUCGACACAUAAUAGAGGCUGAAGAGUCACCCAAGCGCUUAACUCGCAGAGACAGCAGAUAUGGAUCUCUCAGGAGGGGAGACACAAGAGGAAGUCAGAGUGAAGAGGAGCCUGCAGAGAACACAUCCAUGAUGGAGCUACAGCAGAACUACGAGAUGUGUUUAGCAGAGCUACAGAGCGUCGAACUGCGGCAGGAGGUGUUGCUUUUCCAGGUAGAGUGUCUCCAAGAUGCCCUUGAGGGAGCUGAGGAGAUGCUCACUGAGACCAAGAGGGAGGCUCAUCAAAUCAGCAUGGAGCUGGAGCGAGAGAGGGAGCAGAGGAGAAAGUUGGAGGACACUGUUACAUUGCUGAAACAGGAGUUGGAGCAGUUAAAGGAGGAGAAAAUUUCAGUUCCAGCUGAAAGUAUAAUACAAGACCAGAAAGAAGCUGUUGCGAUGACAGAUAAUCCUGCUGCUGAAGUGGACGGAUAUAUAUCUAAAGAGACACUUGUUAAAUCAGUAGACACAGCUACACAACCUACAGGCUUUACAAGCAGUUUUGCUAGUUUUGCUGCUGCAGCACAUCUGCUUUUCAAGAACAGAAAUCUUGUGCCAAAUUCAUCCAAACAGGCUGCUUCAGUUGGAACCUCGGUGGACCAAGAGGGUGAAGAAGCACAUGUGGUAGAUUCUGAUCAGGCUACACUAGAGGGAAGCAGCCAAAAAGCUCAUGAUGCUGAAGAUAAUGACGAGAGCAGUGGCUAUGAAGAUGCUCCAUCAGAUUUCUCAACUUCAACUCCUGAUGCACCUUCAGAUGCAGUAUUGCCUGAAGAUGGGGAGAGUGAACUUCAGAAUAGCAGUGAGGUCAGAAAUGUAAAAGAUCCAGAUGCCUGUCUUCUGUCUUAAAGUGCGGAAUCCGUCUGAGACUGAUUUUAGUCUGAAUUCCUGCCAUUUUUCAAAAAGGCUAGAGGGCAUUUUACAGUUACCCAUGAUUUCUGAAAGUAUCUUUUAGUGAAACUUUAUUCAUUAAUAUUCAUAUACACUUUGUAUGUGCCUAUCAUUUUUACUAGCAUGUGUUGCUGUAUAAUGCUGGGCGUUUUUUUUUUUUUGUUUGUUUAUCAGACCUUGACAUAUCACUGGAAAGUAAAUACCAGAGCUUUUUAGGGCUGGAUACCGGAAAUAAAAUUUUACUAGAACCUCAUUCUCAAGAAUUUGAAUGAGGAGGGACUUAGUUGGAUUUUAUAACAAAAGUCAUAACAAAAGCUACGACUGCUACCCCAGCCGCCCCCCCCCCCCCCCCCCCAAAAAAAAAAACUUUGUUUUGUAACUGUUCAUACAAAUUCAUACUUAUUCAUUCUUAUAGACUUGCAACUUAUGUUGAUCAUUAUCAACUAGACAUGCCAAUAUGAAAUCUUCAUAUCACUAUAUUUUAAGAGAGCAGCAUUUCUGUCCCUUUUUUUUUAUUGUUCAUGGAGCUCUCAUUUGGUGAACACGAUUAUCAUAUAUUCGUCUACAAGAAAGAAGAAUCUGAUGCUACCUUCAAAUUUGUCCAUGAUUUAAGACCCUUAAAAGACAGCUGUCUUUACACUGCCUUCUUACUGGGACAAACUUUAUUGCAGGAGUUUAAAUGCUGUAUUGAAAUGCGAGUAACAUCAAGAUACAGCCCCACAAACCAAACCCAUGCUGAGCAAGGCUGCUGUGAGGGAUUGCAGGAAAGUUGAUGUUUGAACAUGGCUGAAAAAAUGGAAAGGAUAAAAAUAAUUCAGUGAUGAUUUAUCUUUCAGCUAUCUUUAUCUAGCUCAGCUAUCUUUAACUAGCUAGCUAACACCAACUUGCGGUUAGCUAUAGACAUAACCUGAUGGAUUAAAAAUAUAUAUUUUUCAUGUUAAGAAAAGACAAAAUAGUGUUUGUCAUGACAAAACAUUGUAUCAAACUACUUGAAAUCAAAUGUAGGAAUGUUGAACAUAAUCAAAUAUCUUUGAUGUGAUUCAUCUUCAGUAACCAGUUUAUCCUGGUCUGGGAUUUGGUGGAUCCAGAGCCUAUUCCAGGAACACUAGAAUAGCCCUAGAUGGGGCGCCUUUCCAUUGCAGGGCACCAUGCAGACACACAUUCAUUCACACCUAGGGGCAAUUUAGCACAGCCGAUCCACUUACCAUCAAGUUUAUGAGAAGUGGGAAGGAAAACUGAGAGCCCAGAAGAAAACCACACAUACAUAAUGAGUACAUGCAAAAUUAUAAUAAUAUUUCAAAUUACUUCAGGAUGAGUAACUCUCUGGGACUCUGCUCACGUUUUAUGGCCAUACAUUUAUUUUGAAAGACUAAUUAACUUCAGUCCAAGCAGGGGUUUCACAAUCAUCAAUUGUGGGGCUGUAACUAGAUACUACUGAAAAAUUCUACCUGCAAUUUCCUCCUAUAUGGAGAGCCUGCUCCAUUUUAUAUGACUAUAUUUUGAAUUCACAGUAAUAAUAAUAUGUGUGUUGAAUAUCACAAUAUAGCUGAUUUUUAGCAUGUUAAUUAUUAACUGCUGGAUAAACUGUUCAUUGAAUUCAUUUUAUAUUAUCGAAAGUAAGAAUAUGAACUUGGUUUACUUUCCUUCCUUGAUACUGCCCUUCGUGACUGUCUUACUGUACUUAAUGCAGUUCCAGAAGUGUUUUAUAUUUUCUCAGGGUGGAUAUAGACACAGAUUUCCGGAAAGCUGUUAUCUUAACGUAGCCAGGCGAGAUCGAUUCCCUGAAAUAUCACAUGAAAUAGCUUGCAUGCUUUCAUUAGCUUAUAUCAAUUUAUCUCUCAGUGGCAGCAUGUGUGUGUAUCAGUGGAAUCUGAAUCAAUCAUUAUCUAAAACAAUCAUUAUCUUACAGAUGAUAUUGUCUUUAUAUGUUUCCUAUUUUGUAAAAUAGUUAUUUUUAUAAGCCUGAAACAAGUAGGGACAUUGAUUUCGAUUAGCUUCACGACAUGUAGCCUGUUAUUUCCUGUUUUAUGUCAGAACUUGUUAAUGAAGAAGAAUGCAUGUACAAAUACAAGUAGACAAAAAAAAUCCUGAGAAAAGAAAUACAAAUCACUACAGGCAUCAUCACAAUUAAAUGAAUAGUUACACUAAAAGUAAAAUGUACACAUUUGAAAAAUAUUUCAUAUAUUCAAAUUUUUCCUGUAUCAGAAUCAGGAAGAAGCUGUUAAUGUAUAACAGUGGAGCUGUUUUUAACUGCUUUUUGUAAACACAAAGGCCUAAAUCACUGUAUAAUAUUUUCUGAAAAUUGUCAAAAAACUGCUUGGUAAAAACUAACAUUAUCAGGCUGUAAAUAGGGUGUGGAAUUUGUGGCCAUGUCGAUGUCUUAAUAUUCCUUUUGACUUGUUAAUUUUCCAUUUAUUGCUUUGGCAGAUGUUUUUGUGAGACAGAAUCCAACCACAAAACUGAGCAGUUGAGGCUCAAAAGGUCUGCCAGUGGUUCUCUGUUAAGGGCUCAUUUUACUUUGUCAGAACCACUUAUGAAACAAACUUUCCUAGUCUUUCACAGUGGUAGGAGGACCUUACAUGGGAGAGUGCACAGUUAGCUAUGACCAACACUUUCUUUGAUAAGUGUGUUUAAAGAGAGGGUGUAUGAGACAUGCUAUCAGAGCUCCAACCAGAAUGUUUCUUAGAGCAACGUUUCCAAAAUUGUGCUCUUUCAGUCCCUGAAGGCAUUAGAAUCUUGUUCGGGUGGACGUGUACUCGAACCUUAUGGACAUUAGCACAAAGCCACAACCACUGAGCUCCCACGGCACUUAUUUCUUAUGUAAAAGCAUGCUAAUAGGUCAGAACCGUAUACAGAAUUAAACCUGUAACUGAACUCAUAAGCAUAUUUGUCACCAGCCUUCCAGUAAUCGUAAGUUCCAUUGUUCUUAUACAUGUUAAUAAUAAUAUGUAUUGUGUAUCCUGUGCCUAUUGCCUUUACUUGCACAUAGUGUUCUAUGCUGGUUAUUAUUAAUCAAGAAGACGGAUGUGCUGAUAUUAAAAUGUUCUGUCACAAUAAACUGCCUAUCCUUUUAUCAUGGUUUGUGAUAUCAGUUUAUAUAAAAAUGCUACAAACAGCACGCAACCUUUCUUAAUGGUAAGCAUUUUAAGCAUAAAUAAACUUGUUAUUUGCAAUCACUCUUAAGCUUCUCAACUUGAAUACAAACAGGACAGUGAAGAGCAAUCUAACUAAUGCUUGCUAGAAAGUUUCAUACAUUGCUUGUCAGAGCUAGGAUUUGUUAUAUGCUCCACGUAAUCAUUCAUUCAUCAUCUUCAGUAAGAACUUUAUUAACUUGAUCAGGGCUGCAGUGAAUCCGGAGCCUAUGCCAGGAACCCCGGGUAUACGUCUAUCACACGGCACCAUACACACUCACAUUCACACACAUUGACACCUUGGGGCAAUUAUUAUGAUCACUCACUCACUCACAUUCAGAAACUGCUUUAUCUUGAUCAGAGUUGCAGUGGAUCCAGAGCCUAUUCUGGGAACACUGGGUGUGAGGCUACAGUUAUGAUAUUAUUGCAAUAUUGGUUUAAAAAUUACAUUUGGCAAACUCAUAUGAUAAGCAUAAUGAUGGCUCACUAUCUUCUCAAAUUAGCUAGCGAGUAGCUGACAAGUUAGAUCUAUUGCCUGUCAGGUCCUGUUAGCUACAUUUAAAGUUUUUGUGAGCUACAGACAAAAAUGUGUAUAUCAGGCCUUUUUUGGGCUGGAGAUUAUUUAAUGAACAGUUUGUUUUUACAGUGUGAAGUAGUCCAGUACAAACUUCUGCCUGAGAAUCUAAGAAACGUUCCCUUUAAAAUUAAGGGCUGCUUUAGAGUGUAUGUGUGUAUGUUUGCUCUGGGUGUCACCAUGUGAUCCAUUUCCUCUGUAGAUCUGGCAGAGUCCUUGAGCUGUCUUCACACCGCUUAGCAAUGUGUGUUUGUGUGCUUUCACAGCUGAGCCACUCAGAUAAGCGAGUAAUGUGUUUGUUGAGUUCCAACAGAGUUUUUCUUUUUUUUUUUUUUUUAAGAGAUGGGCAAAGUACAGCAGCCAGCUAGUUUUAAAUAGCAACUAAUCCAUAUUCUCAAUUUUCCAGUUUUUCUGUGGUACUUUCUAAAUGGAGUGAACAAUUAUAAAAAAAUAAAUAAAUAAAAAGAUGUGUCAAUACUUA